GGCGAGACAUACACAAAAAUCAGAAAAUAUCAGACAGCAAAUAAAAAGACAUCGAAAUAAAAGCCAUUAAGAUCAGCAUGUGUCAUCCAUGACAUCCCGAUUCUCCAGCUCUCGUAGGGUAUAAAUAGGCUUGAGAAGCCUAGAUACAAAAUCAGAACUCAGUCGAUACAGAACAAUGAAAGUGCCUACGCUGCUGAUCUUCAUUGGACUCUUGGCCAGUUGUCUGGAGUCGAGCAAUGCUUUGUUCUUCAAGGCGUUAAAAGGAUUAAAAAGUUACGGAGACAACUAUGCAGGAUAUAGUAGCUAUGGCGGAAGUGGUGCAUAUGGCAACUACUAUGGAGGAGGAGGCUAUGGCAACUACGGAAGCGGAGGUUAUGAUGGUGGUUAUGGAUCAGGAGGAUAUGGAGGAGGCUACAGCGGUUCUUACUCACGACCAACCAAAAGUCGACAGCGCACAGGACGCACUUACUCCGAUAUUGCAAGGGUGCUGGUCCAGGAUAGAUAUCUAGGUCUAGGCGCUGGACGUUAUCUACCCCGAGCUCCCUACUCACCGCUGUGGGGCUAAAAUUAAGUUACAGAACUCUCCUCGCAUUUAAUUAUAAGCAAUGUUUAUAUUGUAUGACGAAUAAACUCGAAAACCUUUUAGGAUUAUAA